AUGGGGUUCCCGGCGGUGUACUCGGAGAUGCCGAGGCUGCUGCUGAACCUGCUCUUCCUGCUCGGCCACCUGCGCCGCCUCUCCUCCUGGCUGCUCCGCCUCGUCGGCGCCGGCGUCGACGACGACCUCUGCUUCGACUACUCGGACGCCCCCGACUUCGCCCACUUCGCCGACCACCACCACCAGCACCACCAGGAGCAAUACCAGCAGCGCGACCACGGCCACGGCCUGGAGGAGCUGGACGAGCACUCCCCGGCCGUGCGCUUCGACGCGCUCCCGUCCGACGGCGACGACGGCACGACGCCGCUGCUGCCGGAGGGCUGCGCGGUGUGCCUUGGCGACUUCCACGGCGCCGCACGGGUGCGCCGGCCGCGCGGGUGCCGCCACGUCUUCCACCGCGGAUGCCUGGACCGCUGGGCCGCGCACGGCCACCGCACCUGCCCGCUCUGCCGGGCUUCGCUCCUCCCGCCGGCGCCGGCGCCUCUGAGUCCCGUCCUCCUGCCCAUGCCGCUGCCGGCGUCGUGA